GUGACUAAGGAGAGGAUUAACAGUCGCGCCAUCUAGCUGGUCCAGGAACCGGCCACGGCAACACACAGAAGUAACGGACCUUAGGAUUCUAACCCUUAGGGUCAGUUCCACCCACACCGGCUGCGGCUGGCCCCGCCUUUUCCGGGUUUGCAGAGAGCGCCCUUGCGUCACUUCCGGCUCCGCCCCCUAGCGCCCCGGGCCACUCCUUCGGCCGUGUGACUGAUUGCCGGACUCACCGACCACCUGCUGAGCGGCUCUGAAUCCUCGGGUGCAUGGACCCCACGUGUGAAGAGAGGCCCGAGCAGGAUGGGAGCGACGAAGAGGACCCCGACUCCACAGAAGCCCCAGCCCGGAUCCGAGACACCCCAGAAGACAUCGUGCUGGAAGCGCCGGCUAGUGGGCUGGCGUUCCAUCCCGCCCGCGACCUCCUGGCGGCGGGGGACGUGGAUGGGGAUGUGUUCGUCUUUUCCUACUCCCAGCAAGAGGGAGAAACCAAGGAGCUCUGGUCCUCAGGUCACCACCUAAAGUCCUGCCGAGCCGUGGUCUUCUCUGAAGAUGGGCAGAAACUUGUUACCGUCUCCAAGGAUAAAGCCAUCCAUGUUCUAGAUGUGGAGCAGGGCCGACUGGAAAGACGCAUUUCCAAGGCUCACGGUGCCCCCAUCAACAGUCUCCUUCUGGUGGAUGAGAAUGUUAUGGCCACUGGGGAUGACACAGGUGGCAUCCGGCUCUGGGACCAGCGGAAGGAGGGCCCCUUAAUGGAUAUGCGACAGCAUGAGGAAUACAUUGCUGACAUGGUUCUGGACCCAGCCAAGAAGCUGCUGCUGACAGCUAGUGGGGAUGGCUGCCUUGGUGUCUUCAACAUCAGGCGGCGCCGGUUCGAGCUGCUCUCAGAGCCUCAGUCUGGAGACCUGACCUCUGUCACUAUCAUGAAAUGUGGGAAGAAGGUGGUCUGUGGCUCCAGUGAAGGUACCAUCUACCUUUUCAACUGGAAUGGCUUUGGGGCCACAAGUGACCGCUUUGCCCUGAGAGCCGAGUCCAUCGACUGCAUGGUUCCAGUCACCGAGAGUCUGCUGUGCACUGGCUCCACUGAUGGAAUCAUCAGGGCUGUGAACAUCCUGCCAAACCGAGUGGUGGGCAUUGUGGGCCAGCAUGCUGGGGAUCCUGUGGAGGAGCUGGCCCUCUCCCACUGUGGCCGCUUUCUGGCCAGCAGUGGCCAUGACCAGCGCCUCAAGUUUUGGGACAUGGCCCAGCUGCGGGCUGUGGUGGUGGAUGACUACCGUCGGCGCAAGAAAAAGGGAGGGCCACUGCGGGCACUGAGCAGCAAGGCCUGGAGCACUGAUGACUUCUUUGCAGGACUGAGGGAGGAGGGAGAGGAAUCCAUGGCUCAGGAGGAAGAGGAGGCGAGUGAGGAGGACAGUGAUUGAGGGGAUGAGCUGAAUCUCAAGAUAGGUUCUCACUGGGCAAGAAUCUUGCUUCUGGGCUGGAUCCCCAGAGGCUAUGAAUUUAUAAUACCCUAUUG